AUGAAGCUGAUGUGCGUCCCGUUUUCCUCAGAUGCUCCCAAAGACACCUCAGCAUCCAUCAGUCCGACGGGUUCUGUGUCAGUGGGCACCUGGGUGGAGCUGAGCUGCUCCAGCAGAGCCAAGCCUCCCGCCAGCUUCAGCUGGUUCAGGAAGGGCAAAGAUGGAGCCGUCGUCAACGUAUCUGUGGGGCCGGUUUACAGCUUCAACGUUACUGAGGGAGGAGAGUUUCACUGUGUGGCCAAAAAUCAUCUGGAUCAAAACAAGUCAGCUGUGAUUCAAAUUACUAUUCAAGGUGCGGUGAACCUUCAGAUUUUGAUUCCACUUCUUGCACUGAUUGUUGUCAGUUUGCUUAUCUGCCUGGUGUUAUCUAUUUGGUGCUUCAGAUCCAAACACUCAACUUCAGAACACACUGAGGAUCAAAGGGAAGAGAACGUUUAUGUUGAAAUGGCAGGCUGUAAAUCGGAGGAAGAACUUCAUUAUGGGGAAGUGAACUUCGUGAGGAAAAGACCUGAAGCUUCCUCUGUCUCGCCGCAGGACGGCGAACAGCAGGACACGGUUUAUGCUCAGCCAAUAAGCGGGAUGGGCGUGUCCCUUCGUGAGUCUGUGAGCUGA